AUGGGGUCGACAACCCCGAUGUGGAGUCCUGGCCCCCGGGCCUGGUCCCGGUCCGGGCUCCAUCACCUUGGACUGCUCCAACUCCUGACCGGGCUGCUGGCCCUGACGACCGGGGUUGCCACUGCGGGGCUACCAAAGACACUCCCUUACGUGCCGACUACGAUCUUACUCCCUACAAAGGAUCAGAUCCCUAUAGGGGGGAAGGCGAAAGGGCCGGAAGUGGCCUACAUCUUCGCCCCUGGUACUGAGGACAAUGGGGAAGAAGUGGAGUUUCUGAAGGUGAAUCUCACCUCCAAACUAAAGGCUGACAACCUCGCCCCAACGAGGGUAACCAAAUCCCUUCCCUUCGUCAGCAAAGGCUCCAUCAACCAGGCAUUUGCGCCACUCAUUCUCGAAAACGGCACGCUGGCUAUCGUCAAGGGGGACUGCUCCUCCUCUUCAACCACCCCCGAACUCUGGAAAUAUAACCCUCUCGACCCAAAAGCCGAAUGGACCCAUCAGCAAAUCACCAUCCCCCAUUCUUUCAGCUACGACAAUGGUUUCCCCGCCCACCUCGGUGCAGCUUUCUCCUUCUCCCCCCAACUCGCGCCGUCCCUGUCCUCGCCUGAAAUCUACCUCUACGCGGGCAUGUGCCCUAAUGAAACCGCCAAAGCGCUGCCAUCUUCAUCGUGGCAGUCAGCCGCAACAUACUCCAAUGCCAUGAUCCGUCUCUCCCCGGUAACCAGUCCGUCAUCCUCUGCGGUGGAGGAGUACGCCCCCAGCGUGGUGACACCUCCGAAUGCUAGUAAAAACAAUGGCGGGGGAUUUACACCUCUGCCCGAGGCAGGCUUCUCCCUGACGCAGUUGACGCCCUCCCUGAUUAAGUUAGGCGACGGCACGGUGACCCAACAAACGCGCCAUCUGCUUCUGGGUGGACAUACCGCCGAAGCGUUUGUGAACAUGUCCACGGCCGCAUUGUUCAGUCUUCCGGACGAGACCUGGCGGUAUGUGAGUAUCGCUGGGCCGAUCCCCUCAGGUGGGGAAGUGCUUCUGGGGGAAGUGGAGAGUCGGUCGGGACAUACGGCUGUGCUGAGUGAAGAUGGGAAGAAGAUUGUUGUCUUCGGUGGUUGGGUCGGCGAUAUAUACACGGCGGCGCAGCCGCAGUUGGUUGUAUUGGAGGUUGGGGUUGGGGGUGAUGGAUGGGUGUGGGAAGUCCCUGCAGUGAGCAAUGGAUUUCAAGGAGGAGUCUUUGGCCAUGGAGCGGCUGUGUUGCCGGGGAAUGUGAUGAUGGUGUAUGGGGGGUAUGAGAUCGGCGAGGAGAGGAGGGUUCGCAAGAGGGGGGUUGAGCAGGGCGUUAUGUUCUUCAAUAUUACGGCUAUGAAAUGGCAGGCCGAGUAUAUCAAUCCUCUGCAGCAGCCCCUCAACCCUAAACAGGAUCCCUCCAACAACCCCUCAUCAAACCCUACCCCUGAAGACACCUCGGGCUCCAUCAACCACAAGCGCGACCUAGCUCUCGGCCUAGGCAUCGCCCUCGGCGUGCUCUUCCUCUCCAUCGUAGCAUUUUUCGUCAUCCGUUCCCUGCUCCAGCGCCGCAAACGCCGUGCAGCCCGCGAUGCCGCCAUCCGCAGCCUUUCACAAGGCUUUAACGGCUCCUUGCCACGCGGCCUAUCCGACGACGAUGCCAUGCUGGAGCAAGACGGCGGCGACCUGUCCUUCCCCUGGCCAUGGAACGGGGAUACCGCACGAGCAUGGUACACUGGUGGCGAGGAUCCGUAUGCGUCAGGGUCAAGGUCGCUUGGGUACGAGAGCUUGCGACGUGGGAAGUUGGGCAGUUCGCUGUACAUGCCUCCUCCUCCGCCGGCGAGUUCGGGGAAUGGACGGCCCAGGGCUGCAAGGGGGCUGUUUCACCCUGGCCCAGGGGGAGGGUACGAUUUCUCUCCGUUGGGACGUAGUCGCGGGAUUGAGCCUAUCUAUGAGGCAGACGAGGAGGAUGAAUAUGAUGAGAAGGGCCUGAAGAAGGAGACUUUGGCUGAGAAACACCCCCUCAGCCCGACGAAUGAGGAAGAGACGGAGGAUGAUGACCCGUUUGUUACCCCAUCUACUGCGACUUCACCUACGACGAGUCUGCUUGUUCCCCGGACUGUGAGCCCCGUGACACCAAGCAAUAAGAGCCUUGAAGAGCAGGCUCAGACCCAGCCCCAGCCCCAGCCCCAAGCUCAAGUCCAGUCCCGCCGUGAAGGGCAACAACAAGACCCUGACGUCCGAGGCUGGGUUUCCGACGUCGACGCGACAGAAACGGAGCUCGUACGUCGCCUGUCCCAAAGCGGAAGCAGACCUGGCGCUCCCUUACGCCGUGUCUCAACCAAAUCAGCCUCCGGCAAAGCCCCCGCCACACCAAAAGCCGAAUCCGAUCGCACAGGCAGCGAUCUCUCGGAGAAGAGCGCAUUCAGCUUUGCCAAGAGCAGCGACGAACACACCCAGAGCGGCAGCAGCAGCAGCAGCAGCAGCAGGAUUCUCUCCAAACUUCGCCUACCUUCAGAUGCUAAGGGUGAUAGCAAUCCUAGCUUGAGCAGCAGCAACAGCAGUGCCGGGGCGUCAUUUAGCACGGCGAAGUCACAUCUACGAGACUUUGCUACGCUACGGGCCGAAGGGCCGAGGCUGCUUUUGGGUCGUGGGCUGGAUGACAGUAGCGACUCGUCAUCUUCUGACGAGGAAGAUGACCUCGAGAGGGAAGUGGAGGAGACAGAGGAUGGGUAUGUUCAGGUGCCGGGCAGCCCGAGCAAGAGCAAACCGAGGAGACGCAGUUGGCUGGGGAGUUUACGGAGGGUAUUUUCUGGCGGGAGCGCCUCGAUGCCAUCUGCUCCUGGGGAGUCAGUCUCCAAGGACAAGAAUGCUCAUGUUGGAGAGGGCACAUCCACAAAUUACGACCUGGAAGGUGUUGUCGGCAGCGCACUGCUACAGCGGAGGAGGCAGGCGUGGUUGGGUUAUGGCUUUGAGACGGAAGAUGGGACAGGAGAUGACGACGAUGGCGUGGAGAGGGCUGUGGAAGGCAGGCUGGUGCAGGUCAUGUUUACCGUGCCAAAGGAACGGCUCAGGGUGGUGAAUGCUGAUAUUGAGAAGGAGGAGGAGGCGGUGUUGGUUAAUGCAGACGAUACAGAACCACGAGAUCAGGAGCCCGAGGAAUCACAGCCGAAGACAGAGGGCAAAACAGAAGAGACGCGCGACGAGCCCAAGUCAACACCAAGCGACCCCUCCUCGCCCCCCGAAACAACAACCGCAGAUCUCAGCUCAACCACUACUCGACUCACCACAUCCACACUCACAGCAACCAUCACGACCCUAACCUCCCCAACGACAACAGCCUCAAACUUCCAACCCCCAACACCCACCCUCCAAGUCCCCACCCCAACCCUCCAACGCACAAUCUCACCUUCCCCCUCAAUCCUUACAGCCUCCUCCAGCUCCUCCCACGUAGGCGAAACUGUCCGUCCCGAGCGGCCACGCACACGCGUGCUCGACAUGGUCGAGACGUUCGAAGCUAGGGCACGGGCCGCAUCGGCGGGCAACAUGCCUGUGGGGAGUCGGUCUGGAACACCGAGUCCUACUAGACGGGGGACAGCAGGACCUGGGGCUGGGACCGGGACUUCUGGGACAACGCCAGGGGCUAGGAAGUGA